AUGUGGUUCCUGGUCUCCAUCUGCAUGUUGACAGUCGGCGGCAUCCCCUUCAAUGACUCCCACAAUGCGACUAGUCCUGGACCUGGUCCGGCUGUUUCAGUGCUUGAACCACCACAGCUGACCAGUGCAGAAACCUUAGAAGAGCUUCAAGAGGACAUGGUUGUCCAAGAGGGAGACAUACUGAUACCAGAGGACAGGAACGCUGUGCAGACCCUGUGGCCGGACGCCAUCGUGCCUUACACCAUCAGUGAAGAACUGGCUUAUCAAGAGGCAAACAUCCAAGCCGCCUUCAAGAUGAUAUCAGACUUCACGUGCAUUCGCUUCCAGUGGCGCACCGCAGAGUUCAACUACGUGGAGUUUGUGAACGGCAACGGCUGCGCCUCCUCUGUUGGUUGUCGAGGAGGAGCCCAGAAGCUGUAUUACUCCCACUCGUGCAGUGUGGGGAAUCUCUGCCAUGAGAUCAUUCACGCUCUGGGCCUGCAUCACGAACACACCCGCGAAGAUCGGGAUCAGUACAUCACUGUGCAGUGGCAGAGCAUCGUGCCAGGGAGACAGAAGAACUUCAAGAAGAAACGUGGGGACACUCUGAACCUGCCGUAUGACCUCAACUCCAUAAUGCACUAUGGACAGUAUUUUUUCAGUCUAGAUGGAAGUCCGACGGUGUUGGCCAAGCAGGGUGGAGCUCAGAUGGGUCAGAGAACGCAUCUCAGCCAGCUGGACAUACAGAAGCUGAACAGACUCUACCACUGUGACCAGCGGAUGGCAGCGCACCACUUCACUGCUGAUUAA